AUGGCAGCGGACGGGGCGGAUGAGCGCUCGCCGCUGCUGUCCGCCCCCCACGCGGGCCACGUCACCCCCUCCUCCCCGCCGCCCUGCCGGGAAGGCAGCCCGCAAGCCGAGCUGCCCCCUCCAUAUACUGCCAUCACCAGCCCCGACGCUGUGGGCAUCCCAGUGAUAAAUUGUCGCGUGUGCCAGUCGCUGAUCAGCCUGGACAGCAAGCUCCACCAGCACGUGGUGAAAUGCACGGUCUGCAAUGAAGCUACGCCAAUCAAAAAUCCCCCAGCAGGGAAGAAAUAUGUUAGAUGCCCUUGUAAUUGUCUCCUCAUUUGUAAGGACACAUCUCGGCGAAUAGGCUGCCCGAGACCCAACUGUAGGCGCAUCAUUAACCUGGGCCCAGUAAUGCUCAUUUCUGAAGAACAACCAGCUCAACCUGCAGUGCCAACCCAACCAGAAGGUGCCCGGGUGGCGUGUGGGCACUGUGGGAACACCUUUCUGUGGAUGGAAUUGAGGUUCAACACUCUGGCGAAAUGCCCACACUGCAAAAAAAUCUCCUCAGUGGGCUGCGCUCUCCCGCGAAGACGCUGCUGUGCAUACGUUGCCAUUGGGAUGAUGUGCUUCUUCAUUGGAGUUGGAUUAACUGUUGGCACCCAAGAUUUUGCAAGGCGAUUUCAUGCAACCUAUGUUUUGUGGGCAAUUGCUUAUCUCUUAGGCUUGAUCUGUCUUAUCCGAGCAUGUUACUGGGGAGCCAUAAGAGUGAGCUAUCCAGAGCACAGCUUUGCAUAA